CUCCGGCCCCCGCCCCAGCCCCAGCCCCGGCCCCGGCCCCGGCCUGAGCGCCCCUCCGAGCCGCCGGCGCUUCCUGCGGACCCUUGCCGAGGCCCCCGCCGCCGCCAUGGAUCUGUCUCACCCGCGCCUGCUGGGCCGCUCGAGAGCCCGGGCCCCGAGCGGAGGAUCGUCCUUCGUCAGUUGCAGCCGACUUCGUCAAAUUCAAAGCAUCCUGACCCAAAGCAGCAAGUCUCAGCCUGAUGGCAUUCUAUGCAUUUUAGGAAUUGACAGCAGAUAUAAUGAAGGCUGCAGGGAGCUGGCCAAUUACCUUCUGUUUGGUUUGUACAACCAGAGUGUCAGUGACGCAGAGAGACCAGGGUUUUCUGAAGAAGUCCUUGAUGAUGUAAUUGUAUUGAUCAAAUCUGACAGUGUUCACCUGUACUGCAAUCCUGUGAAUUACCGUUAUCUCUUGCCCUAUGUAGCACAUUGGAGAAAUUUACAUUUCCACUGCAUGACUGAAAAUGAGUAUGAAGAUGAAGAAGCUGCUGAGGAAUUUAAAAUUGCCAGUUUUGUGGACAUGGUUCGAGACUGUAGUCGAAUUGGCAUUCCUUAUAGCUCUCAAGGUCACCUGCAGAUAUUUGAUAUGUUUGUGGUGGAGAAGUGGCCAAUUGUUCAGGCUUUUGCACUUGAAGGCAUUGGUGGGGAUGGAUUUUUUACCAUGAAAUAUCAGCUGCAGGAUGUAAGUGCUGAUUUGUGGAAAGUGUACAGCCGGAUGGAUCCCGUUUCGCUGGAGAAUUUGCUAUCCCAGGAUUUAAUGACUUUUGAACACCAGUGGACCAACUUCUUUGCUAAUUUUGACACAGAAAUCCCCUUCCUACUGGAACUUUCAGAGUUCCAAGCGGGUGAGCCAUUCCGAAGUUACUUCAGUCAUGGAAUGCUCUCCAGCCACAUUACCGACAAUAGCCCAAACAGGCAGCCAUUUGUUCUUUUUGGUUGCCACUCAACUGGAGAAAACCUCAAUGCCAGCAACUUCAACUUUCCUUCUGAGGGGCAUCUGGUGCGGAACACCGGCGUGGGAGGCAGUGCUGCCAAGCACAUGGUUGUGCAGUGUGUCUCUCCAAAAGGACCCCUUGCUUGUUCAAGAACCUAUUUUUUUGGAGCCUCUCACAUUCCUGAUUUAGGAAGCACCGGUGAAUUGCCCAAGAAAAACAUGCAAGUUAGGCAAUUGUCCCAGAUAUAUGCUGCUGUUGUUGAGGCUGUUCUGGCUGGCAUUGCAUGCUAUGCUAAAACUUCCAGUGUAACCAAGUCGAGAGAAGCAGCGGAGCUGACACUUUGGAAUCUGCUAGAUUCUUUUCAGAUGAAGAAGCUGAAGUCUGUUCUACGCUACAAGGUGGCUUUUCGUAUUCAUGCUGUGAACAAUCAGGGAAGAAUUGUACCUCUGGACAAUGAAGACAGCUUAUACUCUGUUAAAACGGCCUCCAUGAGUGUAUAUGACAUCCCCGAGUUGACGGGAGGAAAAGAAUGCUUGGGGUCCAUAGUUUUCUCAGAAUCAUUUUUGACAUCUCAGAUCCUUAUUAAAGAGAAGGAUGGCGCUGUUACCAAAGAAACCAGCUACAUGAUUCUGACUGCACCCAUCAGAAGAUUCUGCUCUUGGCUGGUGGAAGAUAAUGAAGUGAAAUUGUCUGAGAAAGCCCAGCUCAUGGUAAAGGAGGAUGAGUCUUUCUUGGGUACUGUCCUGACAGGAGGAGAAGCAUAUUUUUAUUCCAGCAAUGCACAGGCCUGGCCAGAGGAAGGAAAAUUUUACUUCUUUUCAGAUGGCCUUUUGUUUUCCCACCGUCAUUAUGGAAGUAUUACCAUCUCUAAGAAUCACAUGAAUUCCAUAUGCUUCUAUGAUGGGGAUUCCACCACUGUUGUUGCUGCCUUGUUGAUAGACUUCAAAAGUUCCCUGCUUCCUUAUCUUCCAGUUGAAUUCCACACAUCGAGCAAUUUUCUGAUGAUUGCCCUUUUCCCCAAAUCCAAGAUGUACCAAGCAUUCUAUGCAGAGGUCUUCUCUCCCUGGCAACACCCAGCUAAUUCAGAGCUGGCUUUAAAAGUGAUCCAGGAAGAUGGAUUAUCUGAAGAACAAAAAAGAUUAUACUCCAAUGUGCAAAAACUCUUUAGUGCCCAGUCCUAUCCUGUUGGGGAAAGAGGGAGUCAGCUCAGACUCCUGAAUGCCCGUCUCCCAGAUCUGGACGGGUUUCUUCAGCACUUUGCCAUCUGCAGUGUCAGCCAGGAGCCGGUAAUGAGGUCCCAUUUUCCUGUCCUCCUGCAACAAGGUGAAAUCAGGCCUGCUCAGAAAGUGGAAAAUGAAAAGGUGAUUGUCAACAUUGUCACCGGCCUGCCAGGCUGUCAUGCCAGUGAUCUAAGUGCUUUCCUGGUGGCUCUGCAUAAGGAAUAUGGAAGGUGGAUGGUGUAUAGGCAAACCAUGGACACCUCUGAAUGUUUCAGUGCAGCCCACUUCCAAAGAUACUUGAUGAGUGCCCUGGAGGCCCAGCAGAAGCGAAGUGCCAGACAAUCAGCAUAUACCCGGAAAAAGACCAGAUUGUUGGUGGUGUUACAAGGCUACACAGAUGUUAUUGAUGUUGUCCAGGCACUCCAGACUCACCCUGACUCAGAUGUGAAGUCUACUUUUGAAAUUGGCACGAUCACUACAUGCGUGGAGCCCCUGAGCUGCUACAUGGAGCACAGAUUUCUCUUUCCUAAAUUUCUUGAUCAGUGUUCACAAGGCUUGGUAAGCAAUGUCGUAUUUACUAGUCACACUAUGGAGCAGAGACAUCCCCUCCUUGUGCAGCUGCAAAGUCUCAUCCGAGCAGCAAAUCCAGCUGCAGCUUUCAUUCUUGCCGAAAAUGGGAUAGUGACCAGGAAUGAAGACAUUGAGUUGAUUCUUUCAGAAGACAGUUUUUCGGCUCCUCAGAUGUUGCAAGCUCGAUAUUUAAUGUUCCCUGGCUGGUAUGAAGGUAAAUUUCGUGCAGGGUCAGUCUUCCCACCAAUGGUUCAGAUCUGUGUCUGGUUUGGCCGCCCCUUGGAGAAGGCUCGCUUUGUGGCCAAAUGCAAAGCAGUCAAGUCCUUGAUCAAGCAGAGUCCCUUCUCUGGAAACAUCUACCACAUCCUGGGCAAAGUGAAGUUUUCAGACUCAGAAAAGAUGAUGGAAGUUUGUCACAACACACUAACUAAUUCCUUAAGCAUUGUGCCAGUUCUGACGGGUCCUAGCCCACCUCCAGAUUCCCGUGGAGCUCCCCGAGAUGGCAGUGGUCAGCAGGAGAGCUACCUCGUAUUCAUCGGCUGCUCUCUGAAAGAGGAGAGCGUCAAAGACUGGCUACGACAAACUGCAAAGCAGAAACCCCAGAGGAAAGCCCUGAAAACCAGGGGGAUGCUGACGCUGCAAGAGAUCAAGAACAUUCACGUGAAACGCCACCUGGACCCCCUGCCUGCAGGUUAUUUUUAUAAUGGAACCCAAUUUGUCAACUUCUUUGGUGAUAAGACUGAUUAUCACCCAUUAAUGGACCAGUUUAUGAAUGAUUAUGUGGAGGAAGCAAACCGGGAAAUUGAGAGGUACAACCGAGAGUUGGAGCAACAGGAGUAUCCUGACCUAUUUGAGCAGAAGCCCCUGAGCUAGCCCACCAAGGUUCUCUGUGCCCAGGCAAGAGACCUGGGCACAAGUGCCAGCCACGAGGCUGCCACCUCCAUACAUCGUCCCUGUUCUCACAUGGUCAGAGACACUCAGGGGUUGUCUGCCCCUCGGCGUUCUGGGACGUGUCUGAGGACAUGUUUCCUGGCAGGAAGCUGCUUCUUCACUCUGGUCUGCCUGUUUGUGCUGUGUCAUUUGCAUGUGGUCCUGAUUCAAGAUACAGUGCUUUCUCAGAAUCAUCACCUGGUCCCUUAUUCCCUUUUGCAAGGGCAGAGGAGAAUGAGGGACUGGAGACACCCCAUGAAGCAGUCUCGGGAUUGUUGUCCCCCAAGUGCUGUCUGCAGUCUAGUCAUCCUGUCUUGGUCUAAAAAAAAAAAACCUGUGAAGGAGGCUUGUGCCAUUUCUCGUCUUGUGGGAGGGUGGAAGUGCUCUUCAAGGGUAAGGGACUAUUAGGAUUGCAUGAAGAGUUCUCCUGAGCUACCUACACACCUUUCACUUUUCUGGCAUUACCUGAGUCUUGAGUUAGAGUCUGGAGAAAGCAUGGAACUUCAGGCCUCUCUCCCUCAUCUUGUGGAGUCUUUAUGAAGCUGGUGGUAAGAGUGAAAAGGAGAGAAGGUAGGACUUUUCUUGCCUCCUGUGUAGGGCCCAACCAAAGGUCCAGUGUCCCCCGCCCCCACUCCCCAGCCGUGGUCAAUGCCAAGGCCCCUUAGAUCCCUGCAAGAGAUAGCACAUGAGGUGACAAGAGUCUUCACCGAGACUGAGAGAUUUCUGGCCAGCUACUUGUGAUAUGAGGGAAAAUGGCUGGUUUCCUUUCUCCCUCCCAGGCUAGAAGAAGCCUAAUGAGGCCGAUGUCUCCCGCAGCUGGCGUUGCUGGGUUUCCUGGGUUCUGUAGACCACUCCUUGGUGUCCUUGGCUAGCCAGUACUAUCUGGGUUUGGAGCUGAGUUGGGCUUCUUGUCACCCUGCCAGGUGCCUGCUGGACUUCCCCCCACAUAGAUUCUGCCUCUGUCUCUUUGCUCUCCUUCCACGGAGCUUUAGAUAGCUCUGAUAAGGCCGAGGAGGGUCAGGCCUUUGCUGUGGUAUGACUUCCUCCCAGUCCUGGCCGCACACAUAUGACGCAAUAAGACUUAGUUGUGGAAAAUUUACUCCAAGUCCCCAAGCCCUCUUGCUGCCUCUGGCUUUGGCUCCCAAGGGAGAGGAAAUGCCACUGUCUUCCAGCAAACAUAUUCAAAAUACUUUUUGUUUCUUUUGCCCAAGCAAAGUGUUUGGUGUCCUACGCUUCCUUCCAGUAGCUUUGGUUUCAGUAGGACAUUAAAGCAAGUGUGACUGAUUAUUAUGCAGAGCACACUUGGCCAGUUGGGAUUGUGUGUCUGCCAGGGCAGCCCCUUAGGGAAGUCUAGAUGGGGGCGAGUGCGGGCUCCGAAUUCUAGGCCUCGUUUCUGUUAUGGACUUUGGUGUUGUCAUGUUGAGCCUCCCAAGUUUAGAGUGUAGUCCUGUGCAUGCCUUAGGACUUGGUAAAACAUGUGAUUUCUUUACAAAGCACAUAGGUGACACCAUUAGUGAGCUUUAACUCUCGGGGGAGAUUUGUAAGAGGGAGACAAGUCUUGCCUCAAGUAGAAAGCUCCUGAGGGGUCCCAUGAAUUCUCCAUGCAUGACUGCAUGUGGGUCUUCGCUGUACUUAGUGCCUGCCAAGGUUAGUGUAGCAAAACUGUUUUCAGGGGCUUGCCCAGGUUUGGAAGCCAGUCACAGGUGUUGUGUUGGAGAAGAUAAUGAUCUCUGUUUUAAACUGAGGUGACAAGAACCCAGAUUCUGUUGAGCAAGAAACCUCACAUUGAAAAAGGCAUCUGAAAAAAGAAAUGCCCAAGUGAGCAUGUCCUCUCCAAGACACCAUUUGGCUGGCCCCUUCCCAUGCCUGCCAUGAGAAGGGACUGAGGUGAUGCCAAAGCCAUAUGGAUCCUUUGUUGCCUGGGCAGCUUACAUGCCUGGUGCAGAAAAGCAGUGACAAUAGGCCCUGGACUAGCUCGUUGUCUCUGCUUGGGGAUCAAUAACUGUAUAGACUUUUAAGUGCAAUUGAUUAAACAAUAGAUGAAGAUACUGUAGCUUCUUUUUGUUCUGCUGAACUCUUUUUAAAAACUCGAAAUUGUGCAGCAUUUGGGGUGGGGGGGGGACACCAGUGGGCCAAUUCAUUCAACUAUUGCUAUGAAGUUUUACAUGAAACUCUCUUGGAGGUUGGGGGAAUCCCCAACAGCUUUGGGGUCUGAGAAUCCUGCUGCACAAAGAAUCCAUUUUUAAAGAGAGCGUCAGCUUCUUGGCCUUGCCAUGCAUAGCAUAGACCCUGCUGUAUAGCUCACUGCGCAGUGUUCUUGGUGACUGACUGUAUAAUACCCAUGGAAAAAGUCUUUUCACCAACCUGUGGUACUGUUCCAAUUUCCUCUGUUGGGAUCAAAGACUACGUGAUUACCUCAGCUCUGAAUAUAAAACUGUGAUUUUGAAAAUGUUCAUUUUUAGAUGUUAUGAAGCCCAAAUGGCAAAGCUGUGAUGAGGGGUGUCCGCUUGGAGCUGGGCGGCCAAAGGGCAAAGCUCUCCACCCCCAGACUGUUCGCUCUCUUUCCCCUCAUUUUUGAAUCGAAAAGAACAAAACAAUGUUGGUGAAAGGACUUUAAAGUGUAACACACGCCAUGUUAACCUAGUUGAAGAGUCUUAGCACCUCUGGCUAAACUGUAUAAACUCUUUGAGGACUAACACCUGUGAAUGGUGAUCCUGGAGCUUGGCACCUAUGCCAGGCCUGAUUGGACCUGGGCUGGCCUCUGCUAGAUGAACUCUUUAUGAGGUUCCUAAAAGUCAGCCACCUUUUUUGGCUUGGAUUAGUGGUUCUGCCAUAGCCUGCUCUGAGACAUAUAGUAGCAUGAGUUACCCCAGGAAGGAGGACCUUCAGCUACUGUACAUCCUGGGAAAGUGCCGUCCCUCAGAGCAGCCAGUGGCCCAAAAAGAAGUGCCAUUACACUGUGUCUUAUCUUUUUACUGUAGGGAAAAAAAAUGGAGGGACAGGAAGUGAAUCCAUGCAUUUGGAGCUCCAGGUCCCAGAGUGCAGGCACGAGUCCUCAAGGGGUUUACCUGCUUUUUGCUGACCUUGUUAGCAGCUUAGGUUUUGUAUCACCUGGAGUGAAUGGGAUUUAGAAUUUCUGAAGUUAUAGUUGGUUUGGUUUGGGGUGGGGGUAAGGGGUGGGGAAUUCAUUCACCUUAUCAAGGGGCUUUUUGUAGUGCCCUGAGCCAGGAUCUGGGCUGCAGCUGUGAAGCCCCAUAGGCAAGACCCUGACCCUGGGGGAUGGCCAAGGAAAAUUUCUCUCCAAGUUCUUUUGGGAUUUUGGAGAAUUUGCACAGUGGUAACCUCUGGGGUGCCCUUUGGGCUUCUAUAAUGGGCAAAGUUGUAACGAGGAUAGAAGCUUGUAAACUGUGAGUGUCCAGCUGUCUCGUGGGGUUAAUUGUCGACAGAUUUGUAAAGAUGUGUCCAUCAACCUGGGUUGGACACGUACUCCUUCAUAAUUGUCCAAAAUUGUCAAAUGUGACCCUCGAGCCCGUGGACAAUGUGCCAAAAGCCACUUUUAUACUAGCUUUUGAUGCUUUACUAUUUGCAACUUAAGUUAAAAAUUUGUUUUUACAAACACUACUGUAACUUCAGUGAGACUGAAUGGUGUGGUUGAAGCUUUCUGGCUUAUUGUUGUAUUUAUUACACUCAAUUCAGUGGGUCUAUAAAACUAGCCUCCACUUAUUUUUAUAUUAUUUGACAUAUUUGUAACUGCGGUUUGUGUCUGUGACUUUCACAUUUGUAAUUCAGACUUGACACUAAGAACCAAUAAACUGUCGCCGCUAAUUAAAAUGC